CCCGUUCCGCAGGGUCAUAUGACUAGUGGUGCUAAGUCGGCUGGGUGAAGGGUUGUCGCCUUGUUUUCUCGACGCGUUUUAUUCCUAAUAUUUUAUUAUUGUUUCUUAAAAAUGGCAACGUUAGUCGCGAAUCAUCCGGUGGACCUCAAAGGGCCAGAAGCUGCAGCCAGACAGCAUGCACAAGCCGUGACAAGAAACUACAUUUCACAGCCUCGGCUGACGUACUCCACUGUCUCAGGUGUUAAUGGGCCUCUGGUCAUCUUGGACAGCGUCAAAUUUCCCCGCUAUGCUGAAAUCGUCCACCUCACCCUGCCUGAUGGCAGUAAGCGAAGCGGACAGGUGCUGGAGGUGAUCGGCAGCAAGGCCGUUGUUCAGGUGUUCGAAGGGACCUCAGGGAUCGAUGCUAAGAAGACCGCAUGCGAGUUCACGGGUGACAUCCUACGCACGCCGGUGUCUGAGGACAUGCUGGGGCGUGUGUUUAACGGCUCAGGGAAACCCAUUGACCGCGGCCCGGUUGUUCUGGCUGAGGACUACCUGGACAUCAUGGGCCAACCCAUCAACCCUCAGUGCCGUAUCUAUCCAGAGGAGAUGAUCCAGACGGGCAUCUCUGCCAUCGAUGGCAUGAACAGCAUCGCCAGAGGACAGAAGAUCCCCAUCUUUUCUGCUGCUGGUCUUCCACAUAAUGAGAUUGCUGCUCAGAUCUGUCGCCAGGCUGGUUUAGUCCAGAAGUCGAAGGAUGUCAUGGAUUACAGCGCAGACAACUUCGCCAUCGUCUUCGCUGCUAUGGGAGUCAACAUGGAGACUGCCCGUUUCUUCAAGUCGGAUUUCGAGGAGAACGGAUCCAUGGACAACGUCUGCUUGUUUCUCAAUCUGGCCAACGAUCCCACGAUUGAGCGCAUUAUCACCCCCCGACUGGCUCUGACCUCAGCCGAGUAUCUGGCCUAUCAGUGUGAGAAGCACGUGCUGGUCAUCCUGACAGACAUGAGCUCCUACGCAGAGGCUCUGAGAGAGGUGUCUGCUGCUCGUGAGGAGGUGCCAGGCCGUCGUGGUUUCCCUGGUUACAUGUACACCGAUCUGGCGACAAUCUACGAGCGAGCCGGCAGAGUGGAAGGCAGAAAUGGAUCAAUCACGCAGAUUCCCAUCCUCACCAUGCCUAAUGACGACAUCACUCAUCCCAUUCCUGAUCUGACUGGUUACAUCACAGAGGGUCAGGUCUAUGUGGACAGGCAGCUGCACAACAGACAGGUGUAUCCUCCAAUCAACGUCCUGCCCUCCUUAUCACGUCUGAUGAAGUCUGCCAUUGGGGAGGGAAUGACCCGCAAGGACCACUCGGAUGUCUCUAACCAGCUGUACGCCUGCUACGCUAUCGGUAAAGACGUGCAGGCGAUGAAGGCCGUGGUAGGAGAAGAAGCUUUGACCCCAGACGAUCUGCUUUAUUUGGAGUUCCUGCAGAAGUUCGAGAAGAACUUUAUUGCUCAAGGCCCUUACGACAACCGCACAGUGUUUGAGACUCUCGAUAUCGGCUGGCAGCUGCUGCGUAUUUUCCCCAAAGAGAUGCUGAAGCGAAUCCCUCAGAGCACUCUGGCCGAGUUUUACCCGAGAGAGUCCGCCGCACGCCAAGGCACCUCCUAACCCUUAAAGACUGGGGGGGUGUCAUGUGACCUCUUUACCUCCAGCAUCUGUGUGUACUUUUACUCCUGAGUUCAGAGUAAUGCUUUAAACACAGGGGCCUGAUGUUGAACUCGGCACAAAAUGUUAAUAAUGAACAUUAUGGCCCUGCGUCUAAAGUGUUACUCUGUGCUCUCAAAGUGUUUUUCUUCUGUUUGUUUUUUUGUGUGUGCGGUUUUGUCCGUCACCGACUGUAGUACAUGUUUGCGUACGUGUGUGUUUUUUUUUUUUUCUUUUACGAUGUAAGCAGCCCUUUGAAUCAGGUAAUGCAAAUGCUGGACCUUAAUUUCAUCCCGAUUAAAAACCUCCCGAGCAGAAAAGGGAAGAACAGUGUACUCCAUUACGCCGUUCCAUUUCAUCACGUGUUUAUUAACAUUCCUGUAAAGCAAUAAAAUUCCUCCGAGACGUUCGCAUGCGAUGUACAGUAAGGAAUAACGCAGUACAAUGCGGCGUGUUUGCGGUUGAACUUGACGAUUGAACGGUAAAGUUGGCGGUUCAGUUAAAACGUAUAACCGAGAACCACUCUGGACUCUGCAUUAUAACUUCCUUUUUUUUUUUUUUUCUUUUUUUUUCAUGUAUUUUUGUGAGGGGGGGUUUGUGGUGCAGUCUACACAUUUGAACAUUCCCCUUUUUUGAGGUCAUGCCCAGAUUUCAAUUAUAUGCAAAUGUUCUAUUUGUGUUGAUUAAAAAAAUUAUUAAAUUAUAAUUAUUCUCCUGA